AUGAAGUUCCAUAAGGAAUACCUGGAUCUGAUUUUGGUCCCUUCUGGGUUGCUGGUCAUGUUUGCUUAUCACCUCGUUUUGCUUUACAAAUAUAUCAAUCAGCCACACACUACGGUCAUGGGAUUUGAGAACAACGACAAAAGAAUUUGGGUUGAAAGAAUUAUGCAGGUUGACAAAAGGGAUGUUGGCACAGCUCUGUCUGUGAUUCAAUCGAACACCACUGCUGCUACAUUUUUGGCCUCAGUGUCCUUGACUCUUUGUUCUCUUAUUGGAGCUUGGAUUGCCAAUAGUUCCAACAUUUUCUUCCAGAGUCAAUUGAUCUAUGGUGACACUAGGCCAACCACCAUUUCUAUAAAGUAUAUUUGCCUACUGACAUGCUUCCUCCUUGCUUUCUCAUGCUUUGUUCAAGCAGCAAGGCACUUAGUUCAUGCAAACUAUUUGAUAAGCACCCCAGAUAGUUUUAUCCCAUUGAGUAGUGUGGAAAUAGCAGUCAUAAGGGGUGGUGAUUUUUGGUCACUUGGCCUUCGAGCUCUCUAUUUUGCUCUUAACUUGUUGCUUUGGUUUUUUGGGCCAAUACCCAUGUUCAUUUGCUCAGUUGCUAUGGUGAUGAUCCUCCAAUAUCUUGACUCUAAUUCAAGGCCAUUGCAUUCUAAUGGAUCUCAGGGAGGCCAGUUUCAGAUGGGAAAGAGAAACUAUAACGUAUGA